UGUGACGGACGGCAACAAACAAAUUUCUACGACGCAAUUUACCACAGAGAAUAAUCGGGCAACGACCAAUCGACAACAGUGCUAUCGAUUCGCUCAUCGAUAUUGAUAGCCGGCGGCUAUCACAGCCAAAACGCAUGAGAGCAAAUUUGUAAACACAAGGCAAGGACAAGGACCGACAAAAAGCAGGAAACAGAGAACGAGAGGCGCGGCAGUAAAAUAAAAGGCGUCGUGCUGCCAGUUGUUGGUUUCGACUCAAGCAACACAAGCAGGCAAAGCAACUACAACUACAACAACAACAACACCACCAUCAACAUCAACAACAGCAGCAACUGCAACAGGGCUGUGUUGGUGCAGCGGAUAAAAUGUCUGUGAGACUGUUAACAGUGCGACUGGUCAAACAUGGUCGCUACGUUCUACGCAGCUAUUGGAAUCGUGAAAUACACUCCAACAUUUUGGAACAAAGCCAUUUAAAGACACGCAGCAGCAAGCGAGGCUUUCCCCUUUCAUCUGUCAAUGUUCUGCGGAACACAGCUGCAUCGCCGCCUACAGCUAAUGUGGUGCCACGGUACUGCCCAUCAACGGGCAGCAGCAGCAGUCCAUCGCAUGGCGGCCUCUUUCGUUUUGGCCAGCAUGCUCGCAAAUUGUUUAUUGAUAACAUUUUGAAUCGUGUCACCACUGGCUACUCAGAGGAGCUGCGCAAGCGCGCCACACGCAAACUCUUCUAUGGCGAUUCAGCGCCCUUCUUUGCCCUGGUUGGCGUCAGUUUGGCCACCGGCAGCGGGGUGCUGAGCAAAGAGGAUGAACUGGAGGGCGUUUGCUGGGAGAUCCGUGAGGCGGCAAGUCGCUUGCAGGCUGCCUGGAAUCACGACGAGAUCUCCGAGACUUUGAAUAGCAACUUCAACAUUGAUCAAUUGGAUGUGGGACCGCCCAUUGCCAAGGGCUGUGCUGCCGUUGUCUAUGCGGCGAAUUUCAAAACCGAAACGGAACCCUCGCUGUCCAGUCGAUCGGCGACGAGCAGCGACAGCAAUAUCAGCAGUCCACGUCCAGUGCCGGCGUCAGCGACAACGUUGAGCAACAGCAGCUCCAACUGGAAUCACGAGAUGAUGUCGCCGCUGCAGAAUAUGUCGCGUUUUGUGCAUAACUUUGGCGGUUCGGUGGACAACAUUUACAACUACAGUCAGCCGACGGCGGCAGCAGCGUUUGUCGAAGGUCUGCAUACGCUGCACGAGCGGCAGCGUGAGGAGCAAGAGCCAGGACAGCAGCCCCAGCAGCAGCAGCAAUCGCGUCCUUCUACCACUGACUACAAUUAUACGCCUAGCAGCAGCAGCAGCAACGACACCGAUUCAAUUGAACGCUAUCCACUGGCGCUUAAAAUGAUGUUCAACUAUGAUAUCCAAAGCAAUGCCUUGUCCAUAUUGCGUGCCAUGUACAAGGAGACAGUGCCGGCGCGUCAGCGUCGGAUGAAUCCCAGUGCCGAUGAGUGGGAACGCUUGCUGCAACAUCAAACGCUCGCCCUGCCUCCGCAUCCCAAUGUCGUUUGCAUGUUUGGCUUCUUUUGCGACGAGGUCAAGAACUUUACCGAUGGUCAUCUGUUGUAUCCGAUUGCGCAGCCGCAACGCAUCAAUCCGCAGGGCUACGGCCGGAAUAUGUCGUUGUAUUUGCUGAUGAAACGCUACGAUCACAGUUUGCGUGGUCUGCUCGAUGCCAGCGAGUUGAGCACACGCACCAAAAUCCUUCUGUUCGCCCAAAUGCUCGAGGCUGUCACGCAUCUGAGUCGUCAUGGCGUUGCGCAUCGCGAUUUAAAGUCGGACAAUGUGCUCAUCGAACUGCAACCGAACGAGGAGUCGCCGCUGCUGGUGCUCUCCGAUUUUGGUUGCUGUCUGGCGGACAAAGUGCACGGCUUGCGAUUGCCGUAUGCGGCGAAUGAUAUCGAUAAAGGCGGCAAUGCAGCGCUGAUGGCACCCGAAAUAUUCAACACACAGCCGGGCCCAUUUGCUGUGCUCAACUACAGCAAGGCGGAUUUGUGGGCGUGCGGCGCCUUGGCCUACGAGAUCUUUGGCCUGCCCAAUCCCUUCUAUUCGGCCAGUGGAGGCAUGGCACGGGCCCAGGGCGAGCUCACCUAUUCGCUGAGAAAUUGCGAUUAUCGGCACGAGCAAUUGCCGCCGCUGGGCGAUGCGUGUCCGCCGCUGCUGCAGCAGCUCAUCACCAACAUACUUAAUCCCAACCCCUCGAAGCGUGUCAGUCCGGACAUUGCGGCCAAUGUGCUGCAGCUGUUCCUCUGGGCGCCAUCCAAGUGGCUCAAGGCUGGCGGCAUGCCCAACAGCCCCGAGAUACUGCAGUGGCUGCUGUCGUUGACCACGAAGAUCAUGUGCGAAGGAAGACCUCAGAGUGGCGUCGAUAGCCACAAGCAAAGCGGACGUCGCGCCUAUGUCGAGUAUUUGUUGAUCUGCAGCUUUUUGGUUCGCGCACGCUUGCGUCGCAUUCGCGGCGCCCUCAACUGGAUACAGAAUGUGGUGACACCAUAGAAGAUGGAACUGAAACUGGAAACGUGGUAGCGAAGCUGGGGUAGAGUGACAGUCAACAUUAUUUAGAGCAGCUGGAAGAGAUGAUGAUGAUGGUUGGAGAUAUUUGUUGCAAAUAGAAAAAUGAAAAUGAUACAAGCGUGUGAUACCUAAAAUAUAUAGUACAUAUACAUAUAUAUACAGCAAAUAUAUA